CGGAACUUUCCGCGCUCCUCCGGGAGGCUGCUCUCUCCCGGCUGCUGGAGACUCAACGUCGUUGCUUGUGAUGGCCGCGGCUGUCGCUAUGGAGACAGAUGAUGCUGGAAAUCGACUUCGGUUUCAGUUGGAGUUGGAAUUUGUGCAGUGUUUAGCCAACCCAAAUUACCUUAAUUUUCUUGCCCAGAGAGGUUACUUCAAAGACAAAGCUUUUGUUAAUUAUCUUAAGUACUUGCUUUACUGGAAAGAACCAGAAUAUGCCAAGUAUCUAAAGUACCCUCAGUGUUUACACAUGUUAGAACUGCUCCAAUAUGAACACUUCCGCAAGGAGCUGGUGAAUGCUCAGUGUGCGAAAUUUAUUGAUGAGCAGCAAAUUCUACACUGGCAGCACUAUUCCCGGAAGCGGAUGCGCCUUCAGCAAGCCCUGGCAGAGCAGCAACAGCAAAAUAACACAUCAGGAAAAUGAAAAGCUGGAUCCAGAUCAGGCUCUUAAGACAUGUAUAUAUUGCUUUUGUACAGUGAAGAUAAAACAAAAAAUCUACCAAUCAUUAUUGUGGUAGCACCUAGAACCUCUAGUGUGCUAUUUAAUUCAAUGGACCUUUAUUGUUAAUAGAUUAUUUCUGUUAAAUUAGAAUUGUUCUACUUUUGAUUUUCCUUUGGAUUUGUUAACUUUCAUUAGUAUUUAACAUAAUCGGCUGGUUAAGCAUAGGAGUGUUAGGUGCCUUAGACCAAUUUAAGGUGUCAUUGCGGCACGGGUAAGGGGAAGUCCACUAUAUAUCCCCCACUCUAAGCCAGGCACUGUUCUUGAUGUACAUGGGGCCUCAGCAAAUCUUUCUCUUAGAACCUUGGUAUCCCUAAGAUCAGCUUCUCCAUCUCUCAUUUGUAGAUUGAGAGGAUGGAGUCAGGGAUCUCUUUAGAGAGCAAGCAAGAACUGCAAAGAAGUUCUGCAGGAGAGGAAGACAUACCUAUAAUACCACUUGUUGGAUGAAUCACUGGUAUGUCACUGACCUGGUAAUGCAGGGAGAAGAUCAUGGUUAACUACUAAUUGGAUUUCUGACCCUAGGCUAGGACAAAGUUGAGGAAUCUCAACUACAUGUGCUCAUUCAGGAAAGCUAACAUUUAUUUACUGUACCAAUUCCAUUGUUAGGUGCUUCAUUGCACUUUAAUUUUUAUUGUAACAAUCCUGUUCAUAAAGGAGGAAACUGAAGUUUAUACAGGUUAAGUAUUAAGUAACCUUACAGUUUGGCUAUUAAAUGGUAAUCAGUGUGACUGA